UGGCUAUCUAGCUAGCCGAGCUACUACAUAUCCAUGAUCCAUCAUCAUAUCCAUCCCCAACAGUUAAACGAAGCAAAUACGGCAAGAGUGCGUGGGAGCGAGCGAGCGAGAGGCCGGCCGGGGAGAUUCAGCUAGGCAAGCCAGUAGGUAGAAUUAGCAGAGAGAAGAGAUUCUUAGAGAGAGAUCAGGGAGAUCGAGAAGAGAUGGGGCGAGGGAAGGUGGAGCUGAAGCGGAUCGAGAACAAGAUAAGCCGGCAGGUGACGUUCGCGAAGCGGAGGAACGGGCUGCUGAAGAAGGCGUACGAGCUGUCGGUGCUCUGCGACGCCGAGGUCGCCCUCAUCAUCUUCUCCACCCGCGGCCGCCUCUUCGAGUUCUCCACCUCCUCCUGUAUGUACAAGACAUUGGAGCGAUAUCGCAGCUGCAACUACAACUCAUGCGAAGCAUCUGCUGCAUUGGAAACUGAAUUAAGUAAUUAUCAAGAGUACUUGAAGUUAAAGACAAGAGUUGAGUUCCUACAAACAACUCAGAGAAAUCUUCUUGGAGAGGACUUGGUUCCACUUUGCUUGAAGGAGCUUGAGCAACUUGAGAGCCAAAUCGAGAUAUCCCUCAUGAAUAUCAGGCAAUCAAAGAACCAACAGUUGCUUGAUCAACUAUUUGAACUCAAGCUUAAGGAACAACAACUUCAAGAUGUUAAUAAAGACUUAAGAAGGAAGAUACAAGAAACUAGUGGAGAAAAUAUGCUUCAUAUAUCUUGCCAGGACGUAGGGCCGAGUGGCCAUGCUAGUGAAGCUAACCAAGAAUUUAUCCACACUGCAAUUUGUGAUCCUUCCCUGCAUAUAGGGUAUCAAGCCUACCUGGAUCACUUGAACUAAUGAAUGAAUUGCCCUUAAUAGAGAUUUGCUGGUGUUGGAUGUGUGGUGGUUGAGUAGUGCUCAUUUCCCUGUGUGCUUUACCUUAUAAUUCCGUGUGUGCUAAGUUAGGUGCUUUUGUUUAUGCUCCUUUCAAGUGAACAGAUGAAUGAUUUCGAUGCGAUGUUUAUGCAUGAACAAGGACAUAUCAAUAUAUCAUAUAAAUAUCGUAGUACGCAUGAAAUGUGUCUAUUGAAGAGUUUCUGUUACUGGGAUGAUUCCCAAUUAAUAACUAAAUAAAUAACUGAGAAUACUAAUCAUGUGAUCCUAUAUAUGC